CUUAUAGCAUCUCCAACUGGCCAUUGAAGUGUUGCAAUUCUGCAUUUGCCUGAGGUACAUGGCUGACAGACAUUCGGUUGAUCAACAUCAAAAUAUUGAACCACAGAUAAAUUCUCCUACUUCAAGGGAUGACAUGACCGCCUUUGUAGUUGCAUUAGAAGCUGCCUUACUACCCUGUUUGCCGGCACGAGAACUCCAGGCAAUAGACCGUUCAGCUCAUCCAUAUCAUCAGAUCGAUGUUGAGAGACAUGCUAGAGAUUUCAUGGAAGCUGCAAAAAAACUUCAACUUAAUUUGGUUGGGUUGCAACGUGAAGAUCUGCCCACAAGGCCCGAGAUGCUUCGGAAGGAGAUAGAGAAGAUGGAAGAAGAGUUGGAAACAAAAACUGAUCUCAUAGCUAAACAAGAGAGAUUGAUCCAAGGAUGGAGGAAGGACUUAAAGGACCAACUAGAUAAACACACCAUGGAGUUAGAAAAGGUGUAAACCAUAGAUAACUAAUGUUGCCUUGUUUUUUUCCAACAGCAUUGACAUACAACAUAUGAUUUGACAGAACAAGUCUUGUUUCUUUAGGUAGAAGCACUAAAGAAGAUACAAUCUUAUUUCAAUUUUUUACUUUCAUCUUGUUAACUGACUUAACCAC